CCAAACGACCUGAAGACCAAACACAUUGGCUGAACAAGAAGUUGGAGAGAAGAAAGCUGCUCUGAUCAAAAUGAGAAACCUGCUGUAUUUGAUCCUCUUUUGCUGUAUCUAUCAAUCGAGCACUUUGGACAAUGAUCUGGAAUAUUUUCUGGAAACACCUGAUGAAGAAAUGGAUGUGAAACCACUGCACCAGGCUCAAAUGCCAAAUCCCAAAAUGGGAAAUGAUAAUACGUGUGGAGGCACCAACGUGAUGUUUGAUGUAGAGCGUUCCUCACAGAAUCAUCUGAUUGUGUCCAACAAGACCAUUAUUUAUGAUAAGGUCAAUCUCAACAUAGCCAGAGCAUACGACAAGGACACUGGGAAGUUCAACAGCCCUUUUGCUGGUACAUACUUCUUCAGUUUUUCGUCUCUGCCAAGGAGAGGGGUUGAGACUGACGUGGUCCUGAUGAAGAAUAAUAAAAGAGUCAGUGAAAUCCACAGUGUGCUGGCAUAUAAUACCAGCCAGCUCGCUGUCCAGAAUACCAUAUUGGAACUCAGCCCGUGUGACUCUGUGUGGGUCCUGCUUGACAAAGGAACACUCUGGAGCUGGGGUGGAUCGAUCAGCUUCAAGGGAUUUCUCCUAUGUCGUUCAGUCUAAGUAGUCAGCGUGAAAUGUCAGGGUUCAUUCUUAUCUUCAGUGUUGCAACAUAAGAGCUUGGUGGGAUAGAAUCUGAUGUUUCAAGUACAACCUGCUGAAUACUCAUUUCAGUAGUCAGAAAAUAACGUGCUCAAUUUUACAGACAAAGGUUUUAUCCCACCAAUCUCACAUGUCCAGACAUCAAAAAGGAGAGUGGAUUGUCCCUGGAAAACACAGAUGAUUUCAAGUGUGUUUUCGCUUUAAAAAAAAUGCUUAUUGCUUGGGCUGCUCCAAUAAUUAAUCCAGUUCAUAGAUAAAUGUGAACAAGGGCCAAAGAGUUAGAAGUUAAGUAAGAAGUACCGUGCAGAGGAGCCAGGCACGGAUCAUUGAAGACCGUGUCUGAAUGGAAGUUAAAUCAUGGCCUGAAGAGUCAGGGGAAGGG